AACAUGGCUCGGACUGCCGCCAGGCCCAAUGAACUGAAAUCUCCUCCUCCGCCACAAACCAGUAAGGGAAGCCUUUUGCUGAGGAGUGAGUGGCGCAUUGGCUGCUGCCCUUCAGAGAGACUGGUGUGGACCUGUGGCCGGCCCUGGAAAGAUGCAGUGCUCUGCUUUUCCUCUCUCUGUGGUUGUUCCCUCCCAGACUUCAUUUUAGCCACUGCAAGAGCGCCUGCUUGCUGCAAAGGAGGGACUGAGGAGCUCUUCACAUCUGACACACCUGACAGGUUCUCUUCAUCAUCACAUGCCAGUAUUUUGACUUAGUUUCUCUCGAUGAUGCUUUGGGAAAGAAGGAGCCAUGUCAAAAGAUGCUGUUGGUGAGACACCUUUUUCUCUGAGGACCACAGCUUUAAGAGUUUUUGAUCUUCCCCUUUCCUGGUACUAUUCACUAACUCAGAUUAAGAUCUCACCAGGUCUUAAAAAAUUAUUUGUGGUAACCGCAGUGAGUGCUGUAUCUGUGCUGUUCCUUGCCCAUCAUUUCAAAAGAAAACGUGGGAAGAAAUCCAGGAAAGUAUCUCCAUGGGAACCAAGUCAUUUGGUGUUAGACCACAUGAAAACAUCUUCAUCAGAUAAAGGAUCCAGUUGUUCCAGCAGUAGGCAAAAUCUAUCAUUGUCUUUGAGUUCAGCUAAAGAAAAGGGAUUUCAAUCCUAUUUAAAUGCAAAUGGAAGUCUCUUCAGUAAAUAUUCUGGCUCAGUGCAGAGCCUGGCCUCGGUUCAAAGUGCCACAUCCUGUCCUAGCUGUGUAUGUGUCAAUUCCAAUUCCUGGGACAAAGCCGAUGAAGAUGAUGUUAAACUAGUUAAUAUCCCAGUAACUACUCCAGAAAACUUAUACUUGAUGGGAAUGGAACUUUUUGAAGAAGCACUGCGGCGAUGGGAGCAGGCACUGACUUUUCGUAACAGACAGGUUGAAGAUGAAGCCAAUUGUAGUGCAAUCAAGCUUGGGGCAGGGGAUGCAAUUGCAGAAGAAAGUGUUGAUGAUAUCAUUAGUGCUGAAUUCAUUCACAAGCUUGAAUCAUUGCUCCAAAGAGCAUAUCGACUCCAGGAAGAGUUUGAAGCUUCCCUUGGGGCAUCUGACCCAGCUUCCUUUCACAAUGAUAUUGAUAGAGACACAAAUAGUACUGUGAAAGAUAAUACAGAUGAAUUCAGUCUGCGUGAUACAUUGAGCAUUGGAUCAACAGAUUCAUUUGUUUCAGCGGCAGAGCUUACAGAACACAAAGAGAACCGUAACUCUUAUAAUCUGGAUUCCUUUUGCCAUUGCCCAUUAUAUGAAGAAGCUAUGCACUUGGCAGAAGAGGGCAAGAUUUAUUCACGAAUUUUACGGACUGAAAUAUUGGAGUGUUUGGGAGACAGCGAUUUUCUUGCUAAGCUUCACUGUAUCCGACAAGCUUUCCAGAUUAUCCUUUCAGACACUGCAAAUCGAGUAUUUCUUGCAGAAAGUGGUAGAAAAAUUCUGUGUGCUUUAAUUGCGAGAGCAAGAAAGAACCCCAAUAAAUUUGAAGAAGUGUUUGAUGAAAUGAUCACUUUUUUAGAGCAAACAGAUCACUGGGCUAAUACUGAAAUUGAGCUUGCUGCUUGUGGAGUGAAACAUCUCAAUUUCUAUGAUGUUGUUCUGGACUUCAUAUUAAUGGAUUCCUUUGAAGAUUUAGAGAAUCCACCUAUGUCUAUACAGAAUGUGGUUAAUAACCAUUGGUUGAAUUCUUCAUUCAAAGAAACUGCUGUGGCUUCCAGUUGCUGGUCAGUCUUGAAACAAAAAAAGCAAAAAAUGAAGGUUUCUGAUGGCUUCUUUGCCCAUUUCUACGCUAUUUGUGAACACAUUAGCCCUGUUCUGGCCUGGGGCUUCCUGGGUCCUCGAAAUUCUCUCUACGAGUUAUGCAGCUUCUUCAAGGAUCAAGUUCUUUAUUUCCUGAAGGACAUUUUUGACUUUGAAAAGGUGCGGUUUUCCACAAUAGAAAAUUUAACCGAAGACCUUAUGCAGUUGUUGAUUCGGCACACUGAACUCCUUCUGGCUUACCUUGGGACCGACUCCAUGAGACACGUCAGCGGCUGUGUCAGCACAUGCGGUGGACCCACGACAGCCAGUGGCCUUUUGGAAGCCAAAGUACAAUGAGUUUCCUUUUUUAUUCUUAACAUGAGCACAAUCAUUUGCCUUUUUCUCCCUUAAGGAAACUUGUCAUUGCUUCUAUUUCUUUCUAAGCAAGUACUUGAACAUCUACAAUGUUGUUAAAUAUGGUCUCAGGGAGGUUUAAAAAAUUCGGAAAUUGUUGCUUAAAUACUGUAUGUGUCUCAAAAGGACAAGCUCAUUGUCUCUGGAUCUAUGUCCCAACCUUUUUUAAAUAGUUAACUUUAUUUGUGAAAAUGCUGUAAUUUGGCUUGGAUAAAUUAUUUGUAACUGAAAGUGAUACAAGAUAUGUGGUAUAGUAACUAUAUUUGUCUCUGAGGUUUAUAUAGUAGCAAUUCCUCAGUAGAAAGUUUAAAAAGCUCAGUUGGCCAUAUGUUUGCCAAGUUAUGCACCUUUUUUGUCUCUAGAGACAUGUGCACUUUAAUAACGUGCAGUGACAAACGAUUUAACUUCAUCUUGAUGUUUUGCUUGUGUAAGCUAUCAUUUACAAUGCUGCAGAAUGAGUAAAUGCAUCUAGCAUUUAGGGGAAAAAUAUUUCUGUGAGUUAUUACUAAACUUAAGUGCUAAUUUACAUCUGGGCAAAUUCCUCUUUCCUGUUCUUUUGAAAUCAUAAUCUGGUGAGGCCUUAAACAAUCAUUUUAGAAUAAUUUACAAAUUGGUUUAAUUUCCUUCCAACUUUAAAGAGCUUUUAAAACUUUAUACUACUUACAAAUAAGCUAGAGCCUUGUCUUGUUUGAAUGUAGCAUUGAAAGUCUAUUUUUAAGAAGAAAAUGUAUGUCAAAAAUAAUCAUGCAACAAACAUAAAUAUGUGUUCUGUUACCAUUUUGAAUUUUUGUGUUCUUUUUUAAAAACCCAGGGUUUGAUUGAGACAAGAACAAUACAAACUACUGGAAAUAUGUUUUUCUAUAUGUAUGUUGUACAAGGAAGUUGGUCCUUGGAAAUAUUUGUGAGGCUGGAUCUACGUUGCCAUAUAGUCCAGUUUCAGGAUUCAGAUUAGCUACAUCUAUACUGCCGUGGCAGUGUGUUAAAGCGCUGAGCUGCUGAACUUGCUGACCAAAAGGUCCCAGGUUCAAAUCCCAGGAGCAGAAUGAGCGCCCGCUAUUAGCCCCAGCUCCUGACAACCUAGUAGUUCGAAAAGAUGCAAAUGUGAGUAGAUCAAUAGGUACCGCUCCGGCGGGAAAGUAACGGCGCUCCAUGCAGUCAUGCCAGCCACAUGACCUGGAGAUGUCUAUGGACAACGCUGGCUCUUCAGCUUAGAAAUGGAGAUGAGCACCAACCCCCAGAGUCCGGUCACGACUGGACUUAACGUCAGGGGAAACCUUUACCUUUUUUAUACUGCCGUAUAAUCCAGUUCAAUGCAGUUAAUCUGCAUUCUGAAAAUUCAUUAUAUGGCAGUCUAAAUCCAGCCUGAAAGUAUCAAAUGGGAAUUGUACAAAUAUUCAGAGAAAUUGUUUUGAAUAACCCAGGGAUAUAUGCUUACAACACAGGUUUAUUCUACAACACAACAUGAUCAGUUCAAACAGUUUGAUUGCAGGCUCUAAUGAAAUGACUGUCGUUGCUAUCAGGUGCUGUCUGCACAUUUUUCCAUAAAAGUGCCUGUAUAACUGUCUGUUUUCCAAGUGUCCUUUUUGCGGGGUGUUGAAAAAGAUAGGAUUACCCAACAUUCAUUGCACAGCAAAUUAUUAGAUCCCAUUGGGUAAGCCCUGUGAUCCUGAUGCUCCCACUAUUAAAUCAAUGCAACUGGACUUUUAAAAAUGCAAAAUGUACAGUAUAGUGUAGUAGUGGCUUGAGUAUUGGACUACAACUCUGGGAGGCCAGGGUUCAAAUCCCCACCCAGCCACAUAAAUUGAUCUCUUAGCCAGAAUAAGGUAAUGACAAAUCCUCUCUGGACAAAUUUUGCCAAGAAAACCAUGUGUUAAUUUCACCUUAGUCUUGCUAUAAAUUAGAAGUGACAUGUGGGAAACAUAACAACAGUGCUUGCAUGGGCACCUCCUCUCUCUUGCUACAGUAUGUUUUCAAUUUUCAGAUGUUUGUACAGCGCUUUUUUCUUCAAAACAUUGUCAACAUCCAUAAAUUAUUCUUUAAAACGUGCUUAUGAGAAACUAAUUGUCCAUGUUAUGAGAAAUAAAAAUACAGUGUUCCCUUGCUA